AGUAGAAAACGCUGAGACACAGCAGCCUCUUCUCUUCCGGUUCUCCGGCGACAACACCGAACCGCUGCCCACCUCCCUCAAAUCAACAUAAUCCCGAGUGUUUCACGGUAAGCUGUUUUAAGCUUUCACACUUAAAAAUGUCUCUUAUCAAACCUGUGGACGAUUUGGAAGAGUAUUUCUGCAAUUCACUCAAACAUCUAGACUUAGGGCCUACUUUUGACCUCCGCAUCAUUAAUCAUGUCGGUUUUGAGAUGGAUCACAUCAUCAACAAAAUUCGUGCUAAUGCUAUAAAGGCAUGUAGAACAGAGAGCGAUCUCACUCUCGACAUGUUUCACUGCGUCGUAGUUGGUUUAUUGAAGGGAAACAUAAGAAACGACCAGAUCCAAAGGCUUACGAAGAGUAGCGCUGAUCGAAUUCUCGAAUUGAUUAGGGUUUACGAAAUUCCUGUUAGGAGGAAUUCGAAUCACAGGGUCAGCUCUUCCAGCGAUACUCUCACCUUUGUUCGCUCCAUCACUUGUUUCCCUCGCCUUGCUAGUAAUAUCCUUCACAGUUGCCCUAAUUUGGUUACCGAUUUCCGUGGCUCUACGAUGAGAACUUCUGAAUUGCCUGCUUGUAUGAAGCACUCUGGUUUUGCUGGUUUAAUUCCGAGGAAUUGCAAUGAUUUGGUUAAAUUUGUGCUUGAAUCGGCUCACAUUGCUUACAUGAUCGAUUUUGGUCGAAUCAUAAACCCUAGGGGGUUUGAAUCUGUGAUGAAAUCGUAUGAAAAGCAGGGGAAAAUCAGUGAGAUGGCGAUGAGAAAUAGUCGACCGGCUGAUGAUGAACGAGUUGCUUAUCUUUGGUCCGUUGGCUUGUUUGAUGUGGCAACUUUCAAAACUGUUGUCUCUGUUGCUAAUGAGCUUAUGAGAGAGAUAAAUGGUGACAGGAUUAGUGAAGAUCAUGUCGACGCCGCACUUCUCUAUGUUUUCCUGGCAAGGGAGAAGGAAGUCUCACCGCCGCCCUCUUUAGUGAACCUGAGUUUGGAUUCGGAUUUGGAUUCCCUGUUCUAUUGUUUCCAUAGCUCGGAUGUGGUUUCCUUGUUAACUGCUUAUGGCAGCUCUUCUCCCCCUUGUCGGGCAGAUGUUGGCGCCAUAGCGAAAGAGGAUGUCAUCCCCAGAGCGACUCUUAGGAUGAACAAGAAUGGGGAUUUGCUUUCCUUGCUGAAGUUUGGACUUUGAUUUUAUUUAUGUAUACUUCAAGGAUGUCAUUAUCUGAAUUUGUCUUUUUGAAUGCCUAGUCAAAGUUUGGCUUUAAGAAUAUCUUUAUCUGAAUUUGGCUUCAAGAAUGUCUCAAUUUGAGUUCUUUGUGAUA